UCUGCUCAGCCGUCGAUCCACUCUUUCGUUAGGAGCACGAUCGCACUGAUCGACUCUCGUUACAGUCAACCGCCAUGUCCCCCUCGUUACUCGCCGCCAACGUCUACAUUUCCCUCGCGCGCUGCGCGUCUCUCCUCCAAUCGCUAGCCUCCUCUCUCGCCGCCUCCCGCGCGCCAACCAGAAUCCUCCACGUGUUCGAAGACGAGCCGUACGCGCGAACGGGUGUGACAUUAGCGGGGCCUGCGCGGGACCUGGAACGGACAGUGAUCCUGAUUUCGGGAAGUGCGAUCUCGACCGUUGAUCUGACUCGCCACGUCGGCAGCCAUCCGUCUAUAGGCGUGGUGGACCACGUGGCACUGCGGCCGCUGCUGCAUGCUGAGCUGGCAGACGCCGCCACGUCAGCGCGGAACAUCGGCGAAGCUUUGGGGAAGGAACAUGGAGUCCCCGUGUACCUCUACGGCGCUGCCAGCCCCACCAACCGCGCACUCGACGCCAUACGCCGCGAUCUGGGGUACUUCCGGCCCUCUCCUGCUCGUGCUGAGUCGUCUCACGAUGCCCAUGGCUGUGUGCAAGCACCCGAGUCUGUAACCGAGGCCUCAAUCGCCGCAGCCCAAACUGCAAGGGGGAACUCAGCUCAGCAGAACCGGUCCUCCGCACCUCCUGACCCCACUGCCCAACGCCCUCUAGCCUCGGUACCUCCUUCCGUGCCUCCUCCCAUGCCUCUUUCCGAGCCUCCCACCAAUCCUCCGUCCACACCUCCGGACUUUGGUCCGCUCCACCCCAACCCACUCAAGGGUAGUGUUGCAGUUGGCGCAGCGCCUUGGGUGUACAAUUACAACAUACCCAUCCAGGUCCCCCCCCCUAUCACCCCGAGCACCAUGACAGCGGCUAGAAGGGUCGCCAGGCGCGUGAGUGAGAGGGGAGGGGGGCUGCUGGGAGUGCAGAGUAUGGCGCUGGUGCAUGGGGAGGGGUGUGUGGAGAUUGCGUGUAAUUUAUCGGAGCCUGAUGCACCGGCAGCAAGCAGAGUGCAGGCUGCAGUGGCGGAAGGGGUUGAGAGGGAGGGUGUGGAAGGGGCCAGGGUGCUGAAGGGGUAUUCCCCGGGGUUGACGAGACAGGAGGCUCUGCUGUUGUAUCGAGACUUGGAGGGAAGAAGGGCAUGGAUGUGAUCUAUGGGUGCAGGCAGCAGGGGGAGUGCAGAAGCAGGGGGGGUGCAGGCAGCAGGGGAGGAAGGGGUUGAGGAGGGCAUAGGAGGGGCAGGGUGGUGAAAGGGUAUUCACUGGGGCUCACAAGACAGGAGGAUUUGGAAUAGUAUCAAGGCAAUGCAUGAAUUUUGUAAGAGAACAAAUGCACUGCAACAAAUUGAUGUAGGAGUGGCUUUAAGUGCAUGAAU